UAAGGCUUGCUCUCCAUAAGAUCUCUCUUGUAUUGUUUUCUAAUAUUGUCUUGUGUAGAUCGUGAGAGAUUCAAGGAUGAACAUUGGAGACUCAAUGUCAGCUGUAAGCAUUCCUAGAUCUCCUGCCGUCUUGACGCUGAAUGCAACCAACCACAAGCAGUGGAUUGAAAAUAUCACGAUGAACUUGACCUUCAUGAAAGUGGACUUGGCCUUGAGAAUUGAUGCACCAUCUAAGCCUGCUGAUGAUGCUACUGAGAAGGAUAAGAAAUCUUACGAGGACUGGGAACACUCCAAUCGUUGUUGCUUGAUGCUUAUGAGAUAUCACAUGGACGAAUCCAUUCGUGAUAGUAUUCCCAAGUCUGAGAAUGCAAAGGAUUCUCUUGCUGCCAUUAAGGAAAAGUGA